AUGGCUUCCGCAGUCUCGGGCCGCGACUUUGGCCUGGGCAUUCUCGUCGGCGCCGUGGCCGCCAUCCUCGUGGCCUCGCUCGUCUUCGUACUGGUCCUGCGCUCGACCGACAUUUACAGCCUGGGCCACUGGAAGCUCAACCUGCAGACGCCCCUGGAGUCCAUGUGGAUGAAUCUCGGCUACUGGAAAACGCCGCAAGGGACGCCCGUGGACCGGUUUGCCGACGCCUGCCUGGGGCUUCUGACGGAGAUUUUGACGACGGCGGGCCUCGUGAAGCGAGACUAUGCUGGAGGCUUCCAAGCCCAGACGCGCGGCGCCGUUUCCGUGCUCGACCUCGGGUUCGGCUGCGGCGACCAGACGCUCGCCCUGGCCCGCCUCAUCGCCCCAUCGUGGCCCGACUUUCGCUACGUCGGCCUCACCCUCAACGAGUCGCAGCGCCAGACGGCGUCCCGGGCGCUGCACCGCGAGGCAGCAUCGGGAGCCGCUGAUGCCCCGGACCAGGCCUCCUUCAAGCUGUUUUGCGCCGACGCCGCCAGACCCGGCACCUGGACCCCAGCCGCGCGCGAUGCCGUGCGGGAGCUCGCGGACAAGCGGUUCAAGGAGCGCUGGCUGCUGGCCCUCGACUGCCUGUACCACUUUUCGCCGUCGAGGAAGCCCGUCCUGGAGCUGGCGGCGCGCAGCCUCGGCGCCAACCUCAUGGCCUUUGACCUGGUCCUCGACGAAAAGGCCUCGUGGCGAGACACGGUGCUCGUGAGGCUCGUGGGCCUCAUGAUGAACUGCCCGCUCUACACGUUCCUCACCGAGGCGCAGUACCGCCAGCAGCUGGCGCAGUGCGGCUACGACCCGGAGCAGACGGUCAUCCGCGACAUUUCCGACGACGUGUUUGCGGGCGUCGCGGGGUACCUGCAGCGCCAGGAGCGCGCGCUGAGCCCGUACGGGAUAUCGAUUGGGGGGUUCAAGCUGGCGGGGCGGCUCUUUGGCUGGUUCGACCGAUCGAGGGUCGUCAAGGCCGUCAUCGUCGUCGCGCGGGCGAGGGACGAAUGA